AUGCUGAAAGAGAUGACAAUUCAAGAAUGCCAUAAAGUUGAGAUUUUUGCUUCAAAAGUUGUGAGCUUUGAAAAAGCAAUUGAAGAUCAGAGGCAGUCUGAGAUGUCCAAUAUUAAACAACCCCUUUUCUCGGUGGAUGAGCACUCGUUUCCCAGCUUGGAGAAACUGCUCAUUUCGAACAUGGAUUCGGUAGAAAUUAUAUUUGGAAAGCUGGAGGGGCAAAAUGGUAAAGAACCACAAGUUUUAAUAUCCCCAGCAUUAGGGACAGAAGAAAGUGGAGCAACCACACAGUUUGCGUCGACCCUCUCGUUUCCGAGCUUGAAGGAGUUGGAUAUUUCGAGCAUGGAUAAGUUGGAAAUUAUAUGGCAGGAUCAAGUCACCGCGACUUCUUUUCCCAAUAUUCAAAAAUUGGAAAUUUUUGAUUGUAAAAAGUUGUUGCACGUCUUUCAAUCUAAUUUGCAUACAACAACAACAACAUUGAUACAGAGUCUGACUUGCCUAGUUAUAGGCUCCUGCAGUUCAUUAGAAACUAUAUUUGGAAAUAUGGAGGGACAAAAUGGUAAAGAACCACAAGUUUUAAUAGCUCCAAGUUCAGGUACGGAAGAAAGUGUAGCGAGAGAAGACGGAACAGCCAGACAUAUUCAGUUCCCCAUACUAACUCAAUUGUCACUUGAUGGAUUGCCAAAACUCAUGUUCGUCUUUGAGGAGGGUACGUUCCCCAACUUGAAGUAUUUGUCAUUUUACUUCGGUGGAAGAACUAAAUGUCCCAACAGAUUUUCAGAUUUUCCCGAUCCAUCUUCUCUUCUAACAGGACUGCCAAAUCUAUUGGAACUUGAGGUAUACGAUAGUGUCUGGGAGGAAAUAUUCCCUUAUGAACUUGUUGAUCGAGAAAUACGAUUAAGAAAACUAAGGCUCUGUCGUCUAUGUAUGCUUACACAUUUGUGGAAAGAACACAGUACCCAGCCAUGCCAACUCUUUCAUAAUCUGGAAUACCUUAUUGUGUCACGAUGCGGCAAAUUGAAAAACAUAGUGCCAUCAUCUGUAUCUCUUCACAAUUUGACAGGAUUGGAAAUAUCAAGUUGUCACGGAUUGAUCAAUUUAUUAACAUCCUCAACUGCCAAAACUCUGGUGCAACUCAAAAGAAUGACUGUGAUUGAUUGCAAAAGGAUUACAGAACUUGUAGCAAUGGAGGAUAUUGGUGAAGCAAAUGUGGCGAUUACUUUCAACAAGUUAAGAUACUUAGAACUUCGUGGCUUACCAAACCUCACACACUUUUGCUCUGGACCUUAUUCCUUUGGGUUCCCAUCUUUGGAUGAAGUAAUUGUGAGAUGUUGUCCUGAGAUGAAGACUUUCAGUCACGGAGUCUCAAGUACACCAAAGCUAACAGCAGUAUAUGAUGAUAAGAGAUGGAUGAAACCAAAUUUGUAUUGGGAGGAUGACCUUAAUACCACCACACGUUGUCUUUGGGAGGCAAAUCAAUAUGAUACUCGAUUGUUAUUCAGAGAAAGGGUUGAGAAUUCUGAAGAAGAUGAAGAUCAUCCUUCAGAAGAUGAAGAUCAUUCUGAGACUACUGAAGAAUGGUGAUGUUUCUUUCUUUUGAUGAAGUCAGUCAGAGCAGAGGACCCUUCAUUCCCAUUAAUGUUUAAUUAUGGUUUGCUUGUUUUAUUAUGUCUUCUUUAUUUUUAAAUCACUCUUAUAUGUACGAGAGAAUGCCAAAUAAAAAAAGUUUGACAAUGUAUUGAUUUGAUAUAACUCCUCAUGAAGUACUGUAGUUAACAACUCCGAUGUUGCCAACAAAUAAACUUGAAUUAUAAUCUUAAUUUGACCAUUUGAUUUC